CCGAUAGGAGUCCCGCCCUGAUCAGGAUGAGCGGAGGAGGGAAGAAGCGCGACGCAUCUGAUGAAUGUGCUGCCAUCCUGCUACGUUAUCUUCAGGAGCAGAACCGGCCUCAUAGUGCUCAGGAUGUCUUUAGCAACUUACAGAAACAACAUGGAUUGGGCAAGACGGCUGUAGUGAAGGCACUGGAACAGUUGGCUCAGCAAGGGAAGAUCAACGAAAAGGUUUAUGGGAAACAGAAGAUUUAUUUUCCAGAUCAGAAUCGUUUCGGUAAUACGAGUGAAUCAGAACUCAAGGGCUUGGACAAUGAGAUUUCAGAAUUAUCUUGCAAAGUUCAGACACUCCAACAGAACUGUCGUCACAUGGAAUCAGAACUGAAAGAACUGAAGGGCUCUAUGACAACCCCAGAGAUGGUUAAAGAAAUUGAAGAGUUAAAAAAAGAUUGUGCCAAUUAUACAGAGAAACUGGAAUUGAUCAAAUCUGCUGCCAAUCAUGUGUCCCCUGAGGAGAAAGAAAAGGUAUACAAUGAGAAAAAGCUGUACUGCAAAGAAUGGCGUCGCCGCAAGAGAAUGGCCACAGAAUUACUUGAUGCAAUCCUUGAAGGCUAUCCGAAAAGCAAGAAACAGUUCUUUGAUGAAGUUGGCAUUGAGACAGAUGAAGAUUUCAAUGUUACAGUACCUUCUAUGUGAACCAAGAUCUCAUCUGCAUAAUUGAAAUUUAAGCAUUCAAGUUUCAGUUUUUCAUUCUAUGUUGCUCUGAUUUUCAGAAUUUAAAAAUAUUUGCAUUCAUUGGGGACAAGCACACCUCCCAUUUUACACUUUAGUUUUUUCUUAGUAUUUCGCCAUAGGACUUCCUAAUCAGUCUGAUUGUUUUGUUCUUAUAGUAGUUAGAACAAAAUGUUAAUAUGCACUUGAGAAAAUGGGGGAGGGGGCUCAAAGUACUUGAAUUUUGAAUAGUAUUUUCUCUGUAAUUGGACUGCAUAUUGUAUUAACAGCAUAUUAUGCCAUUAAAGCAACACUACUACUUAGAGUGAGCUAAUUAUCCCACCAAGAAUUGGGGAAAUUUUAAUGUCAGUUGUUACUUAGCCAUCAUGCUUUGCUUUAUGCUAUGAGUCACCUUGUGAGAUGCAAACACAUUGAAUACAUUUUCUCCAAUUUAAUUGGGCAAUUGUGGGAGAAAGAAUACUGGGUUUACCUCUUCUUUGUUACAUGGAAGAAAAACAAUGUACCUUGGAAAAUUGAUAUUAAAAGAUUAGUUUCCUGA